AUGCAAUUGGCUGACUUCCUUGGCUAUGCCGAGUGCCCCCCGGACCUGCGGCAGCAGCUGUGGGCGCUGCCGCCCUUCCCGCCCGCCACCCGCCACUGCCUGCUGAGCGGGCCCGAGCGCAGCGGCAAGACCUCCCUGCUCUUCCACACAGCGCUCGUGGCUGCGCGGCAGGGCAAGGAGGUGCUGCUGCUGUGCCGCAGGCAGAAGCUGGAGCAGAUGCCGCCGCUGCUGCCGGGCGGCGUCGCCAUCUCGGACGCUGCCUGGCAGCGAGUGAACAUCAAGUACCUGUCCAGCGGGACAGAUCUGCUGCGCUAUGUGUCGCUCAUCCAUGCACUGCCCGCGGGGCCUCCCGACCUGCUGCUGGUGGACGACCUCCAUGCUCUGGCCGACCUGCCCGCCGGAGACCGCUCACGCCCGCGCGACAUGGCCCUCUGCCGCAUCCUGGCCUCCCUGCACGAAGCAGCGAACGUCGCCUCCCAGCUGAAGGGCAGCCCCUGCCAGCUGAUUGUCACAGAGUCCAGCCACGUGGAGGGUCCUCGCCUGCUGUACAUCUUGCAGCGCUGGCUGCCGCUGGUGCUGCACAUUCGACCGGCUGGCGCUGCGCAUGCACUGGCCCUGCUCAACCCACAGCCGCACAUUCCGUGCACGUGCCUGGCACAGCUGCGGUUCUCUGUCAAGCACAGUGCACUCACGCUGGAGGGGAUGCAGCUGGGUGUGUGCUGGUGA